AUGUUCAACAACUACUACUACAAGUACAAUAUGGAAUACGACAAGUUCAACAACGACUACGACAAGUCCAACAACGACUACGACGAGUCCAACAACGACCACGACAAGUCCAACAACGACUACGACGAUCAAUAUUCUUGGGAUACUUCACGCACCCCAUCUAUGUCCGAAUCUAGCGGUUUUCCUUUCAUGCCAAGUUGGCUCACUGGCUAUGUGUCUCCCGCGAAACCCCCACUCGUGUGCCACUUGUUGUCGCCAGUCUACGCCACCAACAUAUCCGACCACUUUUUCCUGCUGUCUCAAGCACUUCCGAAUCCGGGAGUGUGCGACUACGUUGUCCUAGACCUCCCACUCUUGUCGAACGGAACCUACCCCCCCGACUCGUACGAGUUCCUGCCAAAUGGAACGGGAUACAAGUUCCUCUUCACCAUCAGCCUAGUUCAGGGUGACUUCAUUGCGACCCAAGGCAUACUGAGCUCCCAGCUCUUCAAGCACACCGUGCGCACCAUCCGUCAACACCGAACGCUGCCGCUGUACGGCUUCGGUUUCCUCAGGGAUCUGCCGAUACCGAGCAGUAUGGCGCUCGCAACGAGAACGAUGGGACCACUUAGCGGAAUCUAUCAGGUGUUGAGCAACGUUCUGAGAACUGAGGGCGUGCGUCCCAGCGAUGUCUGCAACUUCGUAGCCUUCAAGCCAUCCAGUCUCACCAUACGACGGGGUGUCUACGAGGGCCUCUUGAGCGUCAUUAACCACAUCUCCUCCAUCAGCCUUGUUUUUAUCGUAACGGUGACUGAGGAACAAACGAAGUACGUCUUGCCAUCGUCGGCCUGGGGCGACGCCUGCUGGCCGAUGUCGAACGAAGUCAAAAUGAUGGACGCCGUUGAUCUCAUAGCCAGCGUCUCGGCGCCUAACGUAAUCUUCACCUUGACACUUAGUCUACGCAUUGACACGUUCACUCACGUCCGCAUGUCUGAUAUAGGCACCAAUGACGUCGGACUCGUCCUCUCCCACGAUCACUCGACUGGCUAUUACGACAGGGAAUGCGAAGACUUUUUCCAGCACGACUCAAGAGGUACAUCCCCAGUGUACUUUGGUGAAGGCGACUGCAUGUUUGCCCCGAAGCACGGCAGCGACAGCGUGGUGUCUUUCGAAACGCCCGAGACCGUACGACACAAGGUGGUCGCCGCCUAUCGUCACUUGGGCUACGGGAAGACCAGCCAGUACAUCAUAGGCUGGAGCGUCUACAAUGUCACUCACGGAAUGGCGCCUCAGUCGUGCAACGGAACCAACAACCGGAUCAAUCAAAUCCGCAAAGUGAUCGACGACAACAAAUAAUCGGCGCCCGGGGAUUUCGUGGGUCUGCUUUGGGAUUUUGUGCUUGAGAAUGUCGCUGCUGUUCAUGGAUUAUCAACGAGGGACAGUUCCAAAAGCUGUCUUCCUAGACUGUCGUGACUGGCAACUUGCUUUGAGCCUAAAGCUGCUCCUAAAAAAACACCCCAUCUCCUGCGAAGAGCAGAUGACUUGUUGUUUUAGGUCCUUGGU